AUGAGUGUCACAUCAGAUCAAAUCAUAGGUCAGCUUAAUCAGGCCAAGGAACUUGCUUUUAGUAGCAAGGAAAUGUUUCCUCAGGUCUUACGACAGAUCUUCAAUUUUUCCAAGAAUGAUGACUUGUUAAUUCAGAGAUGGUGUGCUAAAUUUUUAAGGCAAUCAUUUACAGCCGGCGAGGAUAAAUUGGACACCAAUGUCAAAACAGAAUUAGCUAUGGAUUCACUUGACAGCUUAAUAGCUCUCAGUGGAGUACCGGAUUUACUUGUAUUCAAAGAUUUUGUUGAUGCAGCUAUCAUUGUAUUUAAGCUUGUAUUUCACUUCAUUGCUUCUAACGAUGGAGCAAAUCAGGUAUGGUUCAAGCUAAAUGAAUUAAAAAACAAUAUUAUAAACAAAUUCUCUACCACCUUCCCUUUGAACCCUUCCGACAAUGAGGAACAUGACUUGUUAAGAAGUAUUAGAGCCAAAUUGGAGAUCUUGAAGUUUAUCAUUGUUGUUAUUGACUUUCAAUCAAGAUCUAACAAUAAUAUUCAGUCUUUUUCGUUGGCGCAGGUAAACCCUAAUCACACAUUAAUAAAAUACAAUGUUAUGGAAGCAGAAUCUGCAGGUUUAGUGGAUUUGUUACUAGCAAACUUAAACCAAGAUAUAUUAGUUCCUCAAAUACUUUCUGCAACAUUAAAUCAUCUCAUUGUUGUAGCAAAAAAAAAGCCUCAAUUUAUGAGCAAAAUCACAAGCACAAUCGAAAGAUUUGACACGAAUUCAAAACUUCAAUCGAAUUAUCAAUCUAUUGAACAAUUCAAAUUGGCGAAAAAAUAUAUUGAUAGGGUUCUAAAGAAUUUUAUAAAUCAUAUUUUGAGAAAUAAUUUAGUUCCACCUAAUAACCAACCAACCUUAAAUAAGAAAUUAAGUGCUUUGAUAGAUAGAGGUAAUGACAUUAGAAAAAAGAAUAUUUUUGCUCUUGAAGAUUCAAGUAUUAGAAAAAGGAAAUUUGAAGGGUUCAUCAAUCCUUCCAAAAAAUUAAAAACAAUUGACUACAAGAGCUUGUAUUGUUUGACUGAUAGCACUGAUGAACUAAAUCAAUUUGAUUUAAGCUCACUCCCACAAAACAUCCUUGUAUCGAUGACAAUUGCGGCAUUGAAUAAAGUUAAACCUAAUAGAUUAGCAAAAGGUCUUGAAAUUAUAAGCGAAAGAUAUCUAGAUGCCCUUCGCAAUUCUGCUUCCGUUGAACCGGAAAUCAAGAAAGAAGCUGAAGAUGAAGAUGAUGAUCUUGAAGAAAGCUAUGAGCCCAAAACAAUAUACACCUUACCCCCGCCUAAAAAUCUAUCCUUCCAGGAAAAAAAAAAACAUGUCAGCUUAAUUAUCAAGAACUUUUUUAAAUUAGCUGAGAAAAAGUCAACGAUACCAGAAGAAAAAGAUUCUGCUAUAGGGAAUAGUGAAUUGACAAAAGUUGCAAUCAAGUCUUGGAAGAAAGACAGUUGGUUCAUUGUACUCACACGACUUGCGACAAGAGGCAUGAGAACAGUCAAUGACGAGCAGUCUCCAGAUUAUAGAAAUAAUCUUGAAAUGAGCGAUAUGAUUAGAAAUGCAAUUUUUGACUACUUUUUGGAAGAUAUUCACAACCGGGUUGAUCUUAUAAUAGAGUGGUUAAAUGAAGAAUGGUAUAGUGAAAAAGUAUUUAACGAGGAACUCCUUGUUGAAUCGCUCACAGAGAAGUAUUCUGCAGGAGCAGAUAUUCAAAAUGUUGCAUCAAAAGUGGAAGAGGAAGUUUCGAACUCGAUUAUUCCUACUCCUGUUUACAACAAAUGGAGUUCGAAAGUCUUGGACGCAAUGAUUCCCUUUUUAGAACCUACAGACAGAAAGAUCUUUAUUAGACUCCUUUCCGAUUUGCCGUCCUUGAAUGAAGAAUUGGUCGGAAAGAUUAAGUCACUUUGUUACGAUCCUGCCAGGAACAAAAUAGGUUUCUUGUCUCUUCAAUAUUUAAUCAUGUAUAGGCCGCCUGUUAAGCAGGCUUGCAUCAAUGUUCUUGAGAAUUUGGCUGCAAGUGACCAGGAAGAUCUCAAAGAAGAAGCUGGAAAGCUAUUGAAGAAGUAUAUAGCCUGA